CGCAGCCCCGCCGGGCGCCCCUGCGCUGGCCGCUUCCCCGCACUGGCCGGCGCCGGCUGGGAACCAUGUGGCCGAUCCUCUGGGCGCUGAUCUCUCUAGCCGAGCCGGGGGCCUGCGGGUCCCCAGGGUCCUUCAGCAGGAGCGACACCUUCUGCUACAUAGAGGCGGCGGGCACCGCCGGGGCGGCGGGCACCAGAUACCUGAGCUUCCUCAGCCAGCGCUCCGGCGCCCUGGCCCUCUUCCAGAGCGCCUGGGAUGGGGAUGGGCACCUGCUGGCCUGCUCCAUCCAGGAAGAGCCCUGGCUCACGCGCCUGUACCAGGAGUCCUGUGCCAAGCGCCCGCAGAGCAGCCUCUUUGCCAGCCCCUGGAGCCCGACGCGCCAGCAAGCCCUGGACAGCCUGGCCCAGCACGUGAACACCUGCAGCAGGGCUGAGCCCUUGGGGGCUGGCAGGCCCCGGGUGAGGAGAGCGCCCAUGGGCAAGUGGGCAGGACUGGCCCAAGAGGAGCGUGGGCGCAGGAGGACCCGGCGGGGCUGGACGAUGCCAGGGACGCUGUGGUGUGGAGCUGGGGACUCUGCAGAGAACCUCACCGAGUUAGGAAUCUUCCAGGGCCCAGACUUGUGCUGCCGGGAACACGACCAAUGCGCAGAGCAGCUCUCUGCCCUGGAGUACAACUACGGCAUCCGCAACUACCGCCUGCACACCAUCUCGCACUGCGACUGCGAUGCCAGGUUCAAGCAGUGCCUGCUGGAGCUGAACGACACCAUCUCCAACAUCGUCGGCAUCACCUUCUUCAACCUGCUGGAGGUCCCGUGCUUCGUGCUGGAGGAGAGCGAAGCAUGUGUGGACUGGCACUGGUGGGGAGGGUGUAAACGCUAUGGCCCCGUAGCCAUGGCCCGGAUGGUGCAGCAAAGCCAGUACCACUAUGGCCUGCCCCAGGGGGAGACGGCCAGCCCUGCUCCGCACCCGCCGGGCAAGGGCAAGAAGAACGCCAGGCGGGGCAGGAAGCACCAGAGGAAGAACAGGAAGAGGCCUGGGCAGGAUGAUGGGGCCCAGGGGUCACAGAGCCCCAGAGAAGAUCAAAGGCUUGUCACGCCCCCCCCACGCAGGGGCUUGGGCACGCUGCCCCCUGCCCCUGCUGAGGAUGCGGCCACCACCCCACACAGGCGUGUCCCAGCCCGGGGGGGGCAGGAGUCACCACCCCUUACAACGAGGGCCUCCGAGCAGGGCCCCACACCAGAGACUGAGCACCCACCCCCUGGUGGGGCUAGAAUGGAGGGGGCAGGGCAGCCCCAGGACAGGGACUCAGCGCGCCCUGCCCAAAGGACUAACUCGCCACUCCCCCCAGCCUUGGAGCCACACCGCACCCCCAGACUGCACCCGCCCAAGCUGAGCCACCGGGCCCCAGGAAGGAGCUGUGGAUGCUACCGGCGCCUUGACCAGUGUGAGCACAAGAUCGCGCCCCAUGAGGUCAAGUACCAGCUGCGCAACCCAGACUCCCGCACCCUGUUCCACUGCAACUGCACCCGCAGGUUGGCGCGGUUCCUGCGCAGGACGAAGGGCCCCAAUGAGGUGGAGGAGGAGGUUCUGUCCGACUUCAUCUCCACGGCCUGCUUCGUGCUGGAGCCGCCCAGGGGCUGUGCCGAUGGGGAGCAGCAGCCCAACUGUAUCGGGUUGGGCCGGGCCGUCCUGGCGCCCGCAUGGCACCUGAAGAACACGCUGGGGCGGUGGCAGGUGUGGCCCGCGGCCUCCGUCAAGGUCAAGCGGCAGGAGUGGGAGGCACAGGGCAGCCCCCCCAGGCUCUACGACAAGUGUCUCCAGCUGGCCAGGGCAGCCCGGAGGUCAGACCAUCACCCCACGCCCCACUGAGGCCAGGGCACAGCCUGGACGUGGGACCGUGGAGCCGGCCUGUCUGCAGGGGGAACGUGGAGCUGACGCUGCGGCCAGCCCGCCCCUGCUCACUUCCGGCAGUGCUGGGAGACUGACUGUGCUGGACAUGACCGGCUGGGCAGCCUGUAGCCUCCAGCAUGGACACUGGGGGGUGGGGGGGAGCAUCUCAAGGAGACAGGACCCUCCCAGCCUGCUCUGGGACAGAGGCUUGGCUGUUCCCUCCCUCUCCUUCACCUGAUGGUGCAGCUGCCCCCUGCCUCACAGUCCUGUGGGGUGGGCUGGACAGAGCCCAGGCAGGAGCUGUGAUGCUUGUGGGGCCAGGCCACGGCACUGUCUCCACUCCAUGUUCACCCCUGGGGAGCAUCCUGUCCUGUGCAAAGGUCAAAGGAGCCCUGUCCGGGGGAGGGGCUGUCUGCCCUGCUUCAGGGGGCAACCCCCAGGGCUGGGUCCCAGCUGGGUCCCUUGAACACGCCCUCUGGGGAGAAGGUCCAGGAUGCUACUUCCUGAAGCUCUGCCAUGGGGGCAGGCGCGCCACCUCCUCAGGACUGCAGCCCCGGGGUGGGCAAGACACUGGAAACCAGCCCCAUGCUGCAGGGAAUCCCCUGCCGGUGGGGGGGCCCUGCCACUAGCAGUGCCCCCCACCCCGACAGGCAGGAGGACCCUCCUGUACCUCCCCGAGGCUAUGGGGAGGAGGGAGGUGAGUCAAGAGGUGGGUGCUGGUCCUAGCCUUGCUGAGGGAGCCUGUUAGUGCCCUGCCUGGGGGGGGGGGGCAGUGCCCCCCGGCCCUGUGGCAGAGCCGGCCCCUGGCAACUGCAGGGACAACUUUUCUACAGAGCCUGUUUUUUUUUUACAUCUUUCCCCCCAGUGCUGCAGCCCCCCCCCGCCCUCCCCCAGCGCUACCCCUCCUCUGGCCGGGCAUGGGGCAGAGGGGG